GUAUCUCGUUACAAAUCACCAUUCUGCUUCCAGCCAUGCGGUUGAUCACAUGUCUUUCCCUACUGCUAGUUGUGGGAGGAUGCCCCGAUACCGAAGAGCGAAACUACGAGCGAUCCUGGGAAGCUAAACUUGAUAAGUAUAUAAAAGGCAUUUGUCCCGAUAGUCUCCAAAUGGCACCAGAACGUCGCACGAAUGUUACAGUGAAAUUUAUUUUAAAGUCGUUCUCUUUCGACCGUGGUGAAGAGAUCUUUAGUAUCUAUAGCUGGAUUGUCUUGAAAUGGAAUGAUCCGAGGAUCAAAUGGGAGCCUAAAGACUAUGGUGACAUCAAUGAAUUGCAAGUUUCUACAUCGAGUUUCUGGAAUCCAAUGGGUAACUUCCAGAACUCGAAAAGUACCUACGAUUUCGAUUAUAUAUGGACUAAAACUUGCAAUGUAUAUUUUAAUGGUAACAUUAUAUGUGUUCCAAGAACAGUUUAUGAAAUUAUAUGUAUAUCAAAGCUAAGCGAUUGGCCAUACGACACCCAGACCUGUCGUUUCGAGUUUAAGUACAAUGGAAACACACAACUGCCAAGAGCAGUAUUUAUGUUUGGAGAAAGACGUGGUAUGUCAAUGUUUGGGGCUGAGUAUGGGGGCACUUGGAAUAUUGUGGAUUACAAGCAGGGAGAUGAAAACGAGGUGCUAUUUUUUGAGUUAACCGUUGAGAGGCAAGCGAUGGGACUUGGGGCCAUGUUAACAGCACCAGCAAUCACACUAAUGCUGCUAACCAUAUCAUCGAUGUUACUUGACAUUCGUGGAUCGACGCGACUGCUAUUAUCCUGUCUCAGUUUGCUAUCUCACUUCAUUUUCUUGGAAGUAAUAAAUUACAGUAUGCCCCAGCUUAAUCGGGAGACGCCAACAAUUUUGAUAUAUAUUCGAACAUCGCUAGUUCUAACGGUCUUUACGCUUAUGUUGUCUUUCAUAUUGAAUAAUAUGUCUAAGAGUAGUAAAGCACCACCUGCUUGGAUUUCUGGUAUAAAUACAUGGGUGCAAAGUACUCCAAUUACCUAUGUCAUUCAAUCAUCUCUACCAGCAGAGACCGUCAGCGAGAGCCUUACAAAAAUUCACUCUAACGAAUGGAUGGAUUUCAUAAACCUCGUUAAUAAUUUAGUUACUGUUAUAGUAGCUAUAUUAUAUUUAACGUUUUACAUAAUGUAUAUUCCAAGUCCGCCGUCACUUGUUUAAUCUUAUAUAAAAUAUGAAUGUCGUUUAUUAGAAUUUAAUUUAGUUGAUUUAAUUUGCUUUAAACAAUUUUUAUAUUAUGUAUAAAUCAUAUUUUUAAAUUAUAUAAGUCGCAUGUCAGUUUAAAUUCCAAUUUUAAAAACCUUUUGUGCACAUUCGACACAGUGAAUUGGAAAAGUCCAAAAUUCCAAGUACCUUUUCACAUUUUCACUGUGUCAUUGUGGCAUUUUGCAAGCCUGCAUUUGGUACUUUGAAAUCUCAUCAUACGAGCGGAUGCAGUUCUAAUCCAGCUUAUUGACCUCUUUGAAAUAUGGAUAUGUGUAUCGUUACACGUUAUCUGCAUAAUGGCAUUUGCAUUAUCGAAUUACGCCAGGAAUACAAUAUAUUAUACCAGCUGACCUGGCAAACGUCCUUUUGCCAUGUCAGCUGGUAUAUAACCAAAGAACAUGGUUCCAACAGGACGGAGCAAAGUCAAACACGUCCAAUACGUCUCCGCCACGAGUUCGUGAAAUUUUCUCUCCAGGAGAGGUGACAUAAAUUGGCCUCCACGCAGUCCUGAUUUAACCCCUAUGGAUUUUUCUUUUGGGGUUAUCUUAAAUCUUAAGUCUACGCCAAUAAGCCGACUUCUCACGCAAUUGAAAGAAAAUAUCCGUCACGAAAUGGCAGCCAUCACUUAGCCCACCUGCCGAGCCGUCAUGAGUAAUUUUAUUGUUCGAUUAAAUGAGUGCCGCGAACGCGAGUGUCUACAUUUGGACGGUAUUAUUUUAAGAAAUAAAUUCCCAAAAUGUGUUCUUUAAUAAAAAAUAAACACUUUUUUGAUACA